ACACAACCUGCGCGCUGUGGCUUUGUAAUUGGGAGUGUGCAUGGAUGGAUUGGAAUGGCCAACCAAGCCUUCUUCUUCUUCUUCUUCCUUUAAAGUGCUGCUUCAGAAAAUUUGAAGAUUACCGCACUGUGGCUGGGCGCACGCGUGAAACCAUGGGGCCGUAAGCCAAUCAGGCUGAGAAUACCCACAGUGUCUAGAUCUUGACAAACAAUGUUUCAACCAGCCAGUCAACCCGAGAUAAUUCGUAGCAACCAAAAAGACCAAUUCUAUGUGGAUUUCCUUCGCAACUCUUUGGCAGAUAUAUGUCAGUCACUUGCAGGACCUAGAGUAUGGGCCAGAUGGAGAAAGGAACUUGAUGUUCUCGGAGAAGUCUUAUACUUUGGUCUGACAACAGUCGCAGGGUAUCAGACGCUAGGAGAAGAGUAUGUGAGCAUUCUUCAGGUAGAUCACGCACAGAGGGCGGUACCAAACAUCAAGAGACGAUUGGCUCUUGUACUAAUGUACUCCUGCUCGCCCUACCUCCUGGACCGGUUGCUUGCUUACAUUCCAAAGCUCUUGGAAACCGACAGAGCAGCGGAAAGAAUAAGUCCAGAGCGACGACAGAGAAUUUCCAAGAUGAUUCCUGUAUUGAGACACGCAGUAGCCAUCAUCCAGAGGACCCACAUGGCCCUAUUUUAUCUCAGAGGGGUGUUCUACCACUUAGCCAAACGAUGGACUGGAAUACAGUAUUUAUUGGUGCGCAGAGGUCCAGGCUAUGGUAGUAUGAAACCAAGCUUCAAGGUCUUAGCCUGGUUGUCAUUAAUUCAGCUCACAGCAAGUCUUCUACACUCACUGUACAAGAUAAAAGCAGGACAAGGAACAGUAACGACUGGAACUGAGACUACAUCUGAAUCUGACCUCAAAAGAGUGGUGGAAGACGGCAGAGGAACAAACCCCGCCCUGCGCUGUCCCCUGUGUCUGGAAACAAGGCGUAACUCAACUGCCACACCCUGUGGGCAUCUCUUCUGUUGGGAGUGCAUCACCGAGUGGUGUGCCACAAAGGCUGAAUGUCCUUUGUGUCGGGAAAAGUUCCAACUGUCGAGACUCAUUUACCUGCAGAAUUUUGAUUCCAGGUAAAAGCAAGUCACUUGUUUUAAUCUCUAGUAUUUUUGGCUAAAGACCCUCCCAUAUCUCCCAAAACACUCCACUCUUUUGCCAAAUCAACACCCAAGUGUUUGGAUCAAACAAGUAGUCUGUUUCAAAGCAAUUGUUAAUAGUGCCUGUAGUACUAUGUCCAACAAAGUCGGACUUCACGAAUUGCAUUUGAGAGAAUUCUGGACUGCAGGAGUUGUUGAACAAUAUUUAUUAGUAAUGUUAGCCAGUUAAACUACUGAUACAUUAUACUUUAUAUUGGUGAAAACUCUUCAAAGUAUUGACAGACAAAAAAGUUCAAGUUGUGCGUAUAUAUAUUUAUUGAUAUAAACUUAUAUAAAGAUUAUUUGUAUAAAUUUUAUAUUAUACUUUACGGAAUGUCUCGUAUUUGAUUUAAGGCAAUAUAAUUUGGUAAAUUUUUCAACAAAAGCAGUAAAGGAAUACAAGUUAUUUUCAAGUAAAUAAAAGCAAAAGUAAAUAAAGUAAAAAGAAAUGCACAUGAAAUUAAUUUUUGUUAUAUUCAGAUAUCAAAAUACAAAAGAAGAAAAAACUCACUUAGAAUAAAAUUGAGGUUGCUUCCAAAGAAUAUUUUGCUCAGUUCUUGAAUAUAUACUUCUAUUAACGUACUUUUAAGUUUGUUAUAAAGAAUAUUUCAUUUCAAAGUGAUACAUAGAUACCCGUACAAGAGUGCUGUUUUACAGUAUUUAUAGAUUCUUCACAUAAAUCGGAAGAAUACUUCUGUUGAUUACAGGAAUUCAAAAUAAACAAAUCAUGAUAAAUAAAAAUAAUAAAUUUGAUUUUAAGAUAUGAAUAUGAUUAGACCUAUUAUUUGUUCUUCUUCUGAUGCAUUUGUGGCAUGGUUCAGGGUACAAUGGUCAUAUUACUAUUGGUAUAGUUUUAAGUGUAGGACCAAAUUACAAAGUCUAACCGAGUACAAAUUCAAAAAUUUGUUAAUUCCCUGAUGUUUUAUCCCUGGCAGUCUUUGAAAUGCCAUGCCAUUCAUUUUUGCAUUUAUACCAUAGGUCCUUUUGGUUGGUAAGCAGGUUUGCAACUGCCAAUUUCCAUUUUCCCAUGAGUCCAUGUGUUUGCAAAGCUUACACAUACCUUUGCUUACAGCAACAAAAUUAUGGACUGGAUGAAUAUAUUCACAGAAUACAAAGGCGAGGUUAUUUUCAACAGGUGCACUAAAUAAAUACUGCAUAGAACGUAAAAGGGUUUUGUACAUACCACAACAUUUCUCAACAGGAAAAAGAAUAGCAAGUUAUCAAACUUACAAUCGGGGAAAAGAUAUGACUGUAGUUUGUACACAAUUUGGGAAAAUUUCUGGCAUUGGUUGUACAGUAACAGAUUGUGCCACAGCGACCGAAAGACCUUAAUAAUGGGCUGUAUAAAGAGAAGGUACACAUUUGGUAAUUGUCAAAGAUCAGUCUUCUCACUUGGUGUAUCCCAACAUAAGCAUAAAA